ACAGAGCAGAAGGCAUCGCGGAAUAAGGACGAUGCUCCCCAUGAACUGGAAAGUCAGUACAUUCUGAGGCUUCCUCCGGAAUACGCGUCCACUGUGCGGCGGAUGGUCCAGUCCGGAAAUGUCAGCACAAAAGAUCGACUUUCCAUCGAGUUGCAUCCCGACGGACGUCACGGAAUUGUGCGAGUCGACAGGGUGCCCCUCGCUGCAAAGUUGGUGGAUAUCCCAUGUGUGACCGAGUGUUUGAAAACGAUCGACAAGAAGACUUUCUACAAAACUGCAGACAUCUGCCAGAUGCUGGUUUGCACCUUGGACGGGGAUCUGUAUCCUCCCCUGGAGGAGCCGGCGCCAGCAAGUGAUCCGAAGAGCAACAAGAAGAAGGACCGGGACCGAGAGAAGAAGUUCAUAUGGAAUCACGGCAUAACUUUACCGCUGAAGAAUGUGCGCAAAAGACGCUUCAGGAAAACCGCCAAGAAGAAGUACAUCGAAUCCCCGGAUGUGGAGAAAGAAGUGAAGCGCCUUCUGAGCACAGAUGCAGAAGCUGUUAGUGUCCGAUGGGAGGUGAUUGCCGAAGAUGAAUCCAAAGAAGGUGAAAAUCUGACCGGGUUGGACAGCUCUCCGGUAUCAUCCGGAAUAAAACAAGGGCGUAGGUCUUCAAUGGGAAGGGAUGAAUUGCGUGAGAUUUUCAACGACCUGAGCAGCAGCAGCGAUGGCGAGGAGGAGGAGGGAGAGAGGCAAGAAGAGGAAGACCUGAACAUCAUGGAAGCCGAUGAAGACCAAAGAAAAGGUCAGGACGGCCAGGAAGGAGGCACCAACCAGAUAGAAUUGCAGAAACAAGUUGAAAACCUGCAAAAGAAAUUGCGAGAAACUCAGGAGAGGAGGAAACGCCAAGAAGAGCUUAUAAUGAAGGUGGAAAAUGUGGCUCUUAAGACACGUCUACAAGCUGUGCUGGAUGAAUUCAGACAGCAGGAGGAACGGGAGAAGCAACAGGUGACAUCUCUGGAGGAGCAACUUGAAGCCCUAAUAGAGAAGUGA